AUGAACUACCAGCAGCAGCUGGCCAACUCGGCUGCCAUCCGGGCCGAGAUCCAGCGCUUCGAGUCGGUCCAUCCCAACAUUUACUCCAUCUAUGAGCUGCUGGAGCGGGUGGAGGAGCCGGUGCUGCAGAACCAGAUCCGGGAGCAUGUCAUCGCUAUCGAAGAUGCCUUUGUGAACAGCCAGGAAUGGACGCUGAGCCGAUCGGUCCCGGAGCUCAAAGUGGGAAUCGUGGGCAAUCUGGCCAGCGGCAAGUCGGCCCUGGUGCACCGCUACCUGACUGGCACCUACGUCCAGGAGGAGUCUCCCGAAGGUGGCAGAUUCAAGAAAGAGAUUGUUGUUGACGGACAGAGCUAUCUGCUGCUGAUUAGAGAUGAAGGGGGCCCCCCUGAGGCACAGUUUGCCAUGUGGGUGGACGCUGUCAUAUUUGUCUUCAGCCUGGAGGAUGAGAUCAGCUUCCAGACGGUUUACCACUAUUACAGCCGGAUGGCCAGCUACCGGAGCACGAGCGAGAUCCCGCUGGUGCUGGUGGGAACCCAGGAUGCCAUCAGUUCCACCAACCCGCGCGUCAUCGACGACUGCCGGGCGCGGAAGCUCUCCAGCGACCUGAAGCGGUGCACGUACUACGAGACGUGCGCCACGUACGGCCUGAACGUGGAGAGGGUCUUCCAGGACGUUGCCCAGAAGAUUGUCGCCACGAGGAAGAAGCAGCAGCUGUCCAUAGGACCCUGCAAGUCGCUCCCCAACUCCCCCAGCCACUCCUCCGUCUGCUCCGCGCAGGUGUCCGCCGUGCACAUCAGCCAGACGAGUAACGGAGGCGGGAGUUUGAGCGACUACUCCUCCUCCGUCCCGUCGACGCCCAGCACCAGCCAGAAGGAGCUGCGGAUCGACGUCCCUCCCACUGCCAACACCCCGACGCCCGUCCGGAAGCAGUCCAAGCGCCGCUCCAACCUUUUCACCUCUCGGAAAGGGAGUGACCCAGACAAAGAGAAGAAAGGCCUGGAGAGCCGCGCGGACAGCAUCGGGAGCGGCCGAGCCAUCCCAAUUAAACAGGGCAUGUUGCUGAAGCGAAGCGGCAAAUCGUUGAACAAAGAGUGGAAGAAGAAGUAUGUCACCCUGUGCGACAAUGGCGUGCUGACCUAUCACCCCAGUCUGCACGAUUACAUGCAGAACGUUCACGGGAAAGAGAUCGACCUUCUGAGAACCACUGUGAAGGUCCCCGGGAAGAGGCCCCCCCGCGCCACGUCGGCCUGCGCACCCAUCUCCAGCCCCAAAACCAAUGGCCUGUCCAAGGACAUGAGCAGUUUACACAUCUCGCCCAAUUCAGGGAAUGUCACUAGUGCAUCUGGGUCUCAGAUGGCCAGCGGCGUCAGCCUGGGCUCCUUCAACAGCCGACCGGACGGCAUGCAGCAGCGGUCCUACUCAGUCUCCAGUGCCGACCAGUGGAGCGAGGCUACGGUCAUUGCAAACUCGGCCAUCAGCAGUGACACGGGGCUGGGCGACUCCGUGUGCUCCAGCCCAAGCAUGUCCAGCACCACCAGCCCCAAGCUCGACCCGCCCCCUUCCCCCCACGCCAACAGAAAGAAGCACCGAAGGAAGAAAAGCACCAGCAACUUCAAAGCCGACGGCCUGUCAGGCACUGCUGAAGAGCAAGAAGAAAACUUUGAGUUUAUCAUUGUGUCCCUCACUGGCCAGACGUGGCACUUUGAAGCCACCACGUAUGAAGAGAGAGACGCAUGGGUCCAAGCCAUCGAGAGCCAGAUCCUAGCCAGCUUGCAGUCAUGUGAGAGCAGCAAGAAUAAGUCCAGACUGACGAGCCAGAGCGAGGCGAUGGCCUUGCAGUCGAUACGAAACAUCCGAGGGAACUCGCACUGUGUGGACUGCGAGACCCAGAACCCUAACUGGGCCAGCUUGAACCUGGGAGCCCUCAUGUGUAUCGAGUGCUCAGGGAUCCACCGGAACCUCGGCACCCACCUCUCGCGGGUUCGAUCCCUGGACCUGGACGACUGGCCCAUCGAGCUCAUCAAGGUGAUGUCGUCCAUUGGGAACGAGCUGGCCAACAGCGUCUGGGAGGAGAACAGCCAGGGGCGGACGAAGCCCUCGCUGGACUCCACAAGGGAGGAGAAGGAGCGGUGGAUCCGGGCCAAGUAUGAGCAGAAGCUCUUCCUGGCCCCGCUGCCCUGCACCGAGCUGUCCCUGGGCCAGCACCUGCUGCGGGCCACGGCCGACGAAGACCUGCGGACGGUCAUCCUGCUGCUGGCGCACGGCUCCCGGGACGAGGUGAACGAGACCUGCGGGGAAGGCGACGGCCGCACGGCGCUGCACCUGGCCUGCCGGAAGGGGAACGUGGUCCUGGCGCAGCUCCUGAUCUGGUACGGGGUGGACGUCAUGGCCCGCGACGCGCACGGGAACACGGCGCUGGCCUACGCCCGGCAGGCCUCCAGCCAGGAGUGCAUCGAGGUGCUGCUGCAAUACGGCUGCCCCGACGAGCGCUUCGUGCUCAUGGCCACCCCCAACCUGUCCCGGAAGAGCAAUAACCGGAACAGCGGCAGCGGGCGGGUGCCCACCAUCAUCUGA